ACAGAUCACUAAACGAAAGUGUUGUAGUCUGUGGCAACAGGGGCUGGUGAGUUGUGAAAAGCGAUUUCCAUCUUUACUCUGAUAAUUUAAACUUUAUUGCCGAUGAUAAUUUCCAGUCGUUUCUUUUUAAACAGUUCUAACCUUGUCUUACAUUUUUAUCACGAUUUAGAUAAUACUUAACUGCCAUGUUUUCCACCAGAGGGCCGAAUCUCGUCGGCAAUUUUCUGAAGGCCGGAAGAAUGUUUUCUAAUGAAGCGCAGGACGUGAUCGUCAACGACUUUGGGGACAGAGGAGUUCUCGUGUUGAACCGCCCAAAAGCACUCAAUUCCCUUAACCUGUCCAUGUUGGACAAAAUAUAUCCCGCGCUGGUUAAAUGGGAAAAAGAAAAGAAACUGGUGGUAAUUAAGGGGGCGGGCGAAAAGGCAUUUUGUGCUGGUGGCGAUGUGAAAGCCGUAGCCGAAUCAGCUUUCAAGGGGGGAAAAUUGGGACAGGAAUUUUUCCGCAAGGAAUAUAUCAACAACGGCCUGAUCGGAGCGUACAAAAUCCCUUACGUUGCACUGAUCGACGGUAUUGUUAUGGGCGGAGGAGUCGGACUUUCGGUACACGGCCGUUACAGAGUCGCCACCGAGAAAACCUUGUUCGCGAUGCCGGAAACUCAAAUCGGGUUGUUCCCGGAUGUUGGGGGAUCUUAUUUUUUGCCCAGACUGAGCGGAAGACUCGGCUGGUAUUUAGCUUUAACGGGGCAACGACUGAAAGGUUCCGAUGUGCUAAAAGCCGGUGUAGCAACCCACUUUUGUAACAGUUCUGAGUUGAAGUCGCUAGAAGAAGCACUUCUGAGUUGCUCGACUCGUGACGAAGUUGAGGGUACUUUAGAAAAGUUUUCCAAAGUGGACGAUAGACAGUUUUCCCUAGCUCCCUAUAUUGACCAAAUAAACGCCGUCUUCUCCGCGCCCACCGUAUCAGAAAUAUAUGACAGGCUAGAGAAAGACGAGUCCAAGUGGGCCCAAGAGACUGUACAGUUGUUGAACAAAAUGUCGCCGACGAGUUUAAAACUAACGCACAAACAGCUGGAGCUCGGAAAAACUUUAAAUCUGAAUGAGUGUUUGGAAAUGGAGUACCGACUGGCCGUGAGAUGCGUGGAGGGCCACGAUUUUCGCGAAGGCGUGCGGGCCUUGUUGAUCGAUAAGGAUCAGAGUCCCAGAUGGAAGCCCGCCUCCAUCAAAGAAGUGAGAGAUGAAAACAUCGACGCCUACUUUCAGAAACUGCCAGAAGAAUUGGAAUUGAAACACAAAUUAUGAUUGUUACAGUUGUGCGAGAAUAGUUGCUAGUUUGUUAAAAUAUAUCGUU